CUCGCCUGACCGUGUCCUACUGCCGGAGCAGUGGCCCUGGCGGGCAGCACGUUAAUAAAGUGAACACCAAGGCAGAAGUUCGGUUCCACCUGGCGUCAGCAGAUUGGAUUCCAGAAGAUGUGAGACAAAAAAUGGCAUCGAUGCACAGGAAUAAGAUAAACCGAGCUGGUGAGCUGAUUGUGAACUCUGAAGAGAGUCGCUACCAAAUGAGGAAUCUGGCAAUUUGUUUAGAAAAAAUCAGAACCAUGGUCACGGAGGCUACCGAGCAGCCCAAGGUGGUGUCUAAGGAGACUACACAGAAACUCAUAGAGAGGGUGGAAAAAAUGAACCGUGAACGACUACGACAGAAAAAGAUACACUCAAAUAUAAAACAGAGCAGGAAGGCAGACUUUGACUGAGAACAGCAGAGAUCCAAGUCCUUGGCAUACCGUCUUUUUAAAGAGAUGGCAUUGGCAGCUGUAGAUGAUGCUAAACUCGAUGACCUAUGUUGAAUAAAAAUGGUCUAAAAGUGUAAAUAAAAA